UCGAUCCUAUUCUCCAUGGAUGAUAAGCCCGUUAAGCAUCGAUUUGGGCCAAUUUAUUUUCGGAAGGCAUUUCGUAAUUUCUUGGGCGACGAAAGGCCAUUUUCUUUGGAUAUUGAAGGCUACAGAUCACAGAUUCGGCCUGAGGCUAUUCUCCAACGAUGAUUGAUUCCAUUAAGCACAGACUUGGGCGGAUUUAUUCCGGGUCAAUUUUUGGCAUAUUCCAAUGGGGUACCAAUACAGAUUUCGGGCGAUUUAUUCGAAAUGCCAUUUUCUUUCGAUUCUGGAGGCUACAGAUUACAUAAUCAGGCCGAGGCUAUUCUACACCAAUAAUGAAGUCUAUUGAUCCGAUUCUCCACGGAUGAUAAGACCGUUAAGCAUCGAUUUGGGCCAAUUUAUUUUCGGAUGGUAUUUUCGUAAUUUCUUGUGCGACGAAAGGGUAUUUUCUUUUGAUAUUGAAGGCUACAGAUCAUAGAUUUGGCCUGAGGCUAUUCUCCAAUGAUGAUUGAGUCCAUUAAGCACCGAUUUUGGCGGAUUUAUUCCGGGUCAAUUUUUGGCAGAUUCCAAAGGGGUAGUAUCACAGAUUUCGGGCGAUUUAUCCGAAAUGCCAUUUUCUUUCGAUUCUGGAGGCUACAGAUCACGGAAUCAGGCCGAGGCUAUUCUCCACCGAUAAUGAAGUCAAUUGAUCCUAUUCUCCAUGGAUGAUAAGCCCGUUAAGCAUCGAUUUGGGCAAAUUUAUUUUCGGAUGGCAUUUUCGUAUUUUCUUGGGCGACGAAAGGCCAUUUUCUGUGGAUAUUGAAGGCUACAUAUCACGGAUUCGGCCUGAGGCUAUUCUCCAACGAUGAUUGUGUCCAUUAAGCACCGAUUUGGGCGGAUUUAUUCCGGGUCAAUUUUUGGCAGAUUCCAAAGGGGUACCAUCACAGAUUUCGGGCGAUUUAUCUGAAAUGCCAUUUUCUUUCGAUUCUGGAGGCUACAGAUCACGGAAUCAGGCCGAGGCUAUUCUCCACUGAUAAUGAAGUCUAUUGAUCCUUUUCUCCACGGAUGAUAAGCCCGUUAAGCAUCGAUUUGGGCCAAUUUAUUUUCGGAUGACAUUUUUGUAAUUUCUUGUGGGACGAAAGGCCAUUUUCUUUGGAUAUUGAAGGCCACAGAUCACGGAUUCGGCCUGAGGCUAUUCUCCAACGAUGAUUGAGUCCAUUAAGCACAGAUUUGGGCGGAUUUAUUACGGGUCAAAUUUUGGCAGAUUCCAAAGGGGUACCAUAACAGAUUUCGGGCGAUUUAUCCGAAAUGUCAUUUUCUUUCGAUUCUGGAGGCUACAGAUCACGGAAUCAGGCCUGAGGCUAUUCUCCAACGAUGAUUGAGUCCAUUAAGCACAUAUUUGGGCGGAUUUAUUCCGGCUCAAUUUUUGGCAGAUUCCAAAGGGGUACCAUCACAGAUUUCGGGCGAUUUAUGUGAAAUGCCAUUUUAAUUUGAUUUUGGAGGCUACAGAUCACGGAAUCAGGCCGAGGCUAUUCUCCACUGAUAAUGAAGUCUAUUGAUCCUAUUCUCCACGGAUGAUAAGCCCGUUAAGCAUCGAUUUGGGCAAAUUUAUUUUCGGUUGGCAUUUUCGUAAUUUCUUGGGCGACGAAAGGCCAUUUUCUGUGGAUAUUGAAGGCUACAUAUCACGGAUUCGGCCUGAGGCUAUUCUCCAACGAUGAUUGAGUCCAUUAAGCACAGAUUUGGGCGGAUUUAUUCCGGGUCAAUUUUUGGCAGAUUCCAAAGGGAUACCAUUACAGAUUUCAGGCGAUUUAUCCGAAAUGCCAUUUUCUUUCGAUUCUGGAGGCUACAGAUCACGAAAUCAGACCGAGUCGAUUCUCCACCGAUAAUGAAGUCUAUUGAUCCUAUUCUCCACGGAUGAUAAGCCCAUUCAUCAUCAAUUUGGGCCAAUUUAUUUUCGGAUGACAUUUUCGUAAUUUAUUGGGCGACAAAAGGCCAUUUUCUUUGGAUAUUGAAGUCUACAAAUCACGGAUUCGACCUGAGGCUAUUCUCCAACGAUGAUUGAGUCCAUUAAGCACCGAUUUGGUCGGAUUAAUCCGGGUCAAUUUUUGGCAGAUUCCAAAGGGGUACCAUCACAGAUUUCGGGCGAUUUAUCCGAAAUGCCAUUUUCUUUCGAUUCUGGAGGCUACAGAUCACGGAAUCCGGCCGAGGCUAUUCUCCACCGAUAAUGAGGUAAAUUGAUCCUAUUCUCCACGGAUGAUAAGCCCGUGAAGCAUCGAUUUGGGCAAAUUUAUUUUCGGAUGGCAUUUUCGUAAUUUCUUGGGCGACGAAAGGCCAUUUUCUUUGGAUAUUGAAGGCCACAGAUCACGGAUUCUGCCUGAGGCUAUUCUCCAACGAUGAUUGAGUCCAUUAAGCACAGAUUUGGGCGGAUUUAUUCCGAGUCAAUUUUUGGCAGAUUCCAAAGGGGUACCAUCACAGAUUUCGGGCGAUUUAUGUGAAAUGCCAUUUUCUUUUGAUUCUGGAGGCUACAGAUCACGGAAUCAGGCCGAGGCUAUUCUCCACUGAUAAUGAAGUCUAUUGAUCCUUUUCUCCACGGAUGAUAAGCCCAUUAAGCAUCGAUUUGGGCAAAUUUAUUUUCGGUUGGCAUUUUCGUAAUUUCUUGGGCGACGAAAGGCCAUUUUCUGUGGAUAUUGAAGGCUACAGAUCACGGAUUCGGCCUGAGGCUAUUCUCCAACGAUGAUUGAGUCCAUUCAGCACCGAUUUAAGCGGAUUUAUUCCGGGUCAAUUUUUGGCAGAUUCCAAAGGGGUACCAUCACAGAUUUCGGGCAAUUUAUCUGAAAUGCCAUUUUCUUUCGAUUCUGGAGGCUACAGAUCACGGAAUCAGGCCGAGGCUAUUCCCCACUGAUAAUGAAGUCUAUUGAUCCUUUUCUCCAUGGAUGAUAAGCCCGUUAAGCAUCGAUUUGGGCAAAUUUAUUUUCGGAUUGCAUUUUCGUAAUUUCUUGGGCGACGAAAGGCCAUUUUCUGUGGAUAUUGAAGGCUACAUAUCACGGAUCUGGCCUGAGGCUAUUCUCCAACGAUGAUUGUGUCCAUUCUGCACCGAUUUGGGCGGAUUUAUUCCGGGUCAAUUUUUGGCAGAUUCCAAAGGGGUACCAUCACAGAUUUCGGGCAAUUUAUCUGAAAUGCCAUUUUCUUUCGAUUCUGGAGGCUACAGAUCACGGAAUCAGGCCGAGGCUAUUCUCCACUGAUAAUGAAGUCUAUUGAUCCUUUUCUCCACGGAUGAUAAGCCCGUUAAGCAUCGAUUUGGGCAAAUUUAUUUUCGGAUGGCAUUUUCGUAAUUUCUUGGGCAACGAAAGGCCAUUUUCUUUGGAUAUUGAAGGCCACAGAUCAUGGAUUCUGCCUGAGGCUAUUCUCCAACGAUGAUUGAGUCCAUUAAGCACAGAUUUGGGGGGAUUUAUUCUGGGUCAAUUUUUGGCAGAUUCCAAAGGGGUACCAUCACAGAUUUCGGGCGAUUUAUCUGAAAUGCCAUUUUCUUUCGAUUCUGGAGGCUACAGAUCACGGAAUCAAGCCGAGGCUAUUCUCCACCGAUAAUGAAGUCUAUUGAUCCUU